AUGGCAGAUCCUGUAGGCCAAGACAACUGGCUCGCCUACCUUGAGGAAGCGGUUCGCAAUGCUUCUGAUCUCGAGCAGCGAGUUCACAUCGUCGAGCUCUUUAAAACCGCCGUCGCCGCCGAGCCGGGUAGCUUGCGCCUGUGGAUGGCGUAUUGCGAAUAUUUCCAGAAGCUUUGGGAGUGCAGCUUCUCACCCGAUGAUGGCUGGUCCGAGGAGGAACAAUUAAUGGGCCAGGAGCUCUUCCCUUUGGAAGCUUCUCUUGAUCUAUGGAAGCAGGGAUACGAAGCCAUUCAAUACCGCCUGGGCGACAGCCACGAGCUGUGGGAUCGCUGGAUUUCUUUCGAAAUAGAACAAUUCAAGAAGAGCAGAACCUCGGAUCAGCUUCGUCGCAUUACCCAACUGUACGAGCAUCGUCUAUCCACGCCUCACAUUACCUGGGAUCACACUUCUCAAUCCUUCUCCGGGUUUUUAUCAGAGUACAAUCAAACCGCCUGGGAGAGUACCAUGAAGGAAGUCACUGCCGCCGUCCAAGUUACCAAACGAGCCAUUUCGGUCCGGGACCCCUUCGAGCUCAAGUUGAAGCAAGCAGAGCGGAGCAACGAUGUCGAAACGCAGAAAUCCCUACUUCGAAACUAUUUGGAUUGGGAGGUGCGUGGGACGAAAAGAAAACACCAAGACGCUGAGCUGUCUGUCAAACUAUGCUCCGGCCUGUUUGACAGGGCUUUGACCGGCUUGUUUUCCACCGACGAGGAUACGUGGCUCGACUACAUCGUCUUCUUAUCUUCCACUAUUGUUGACCAAUCAUCCUUGAGUGAAUUACUCGGCGCCUGCGGCAGGGCAGUUCAGCAUUGUCCGUGGGCAGGAAAGCUUUGGGGUAGAUACAUUCUGUCUGCCGAAGAAGCUCAUUUAUCCUUUUCCGACAUCGAGUCAAUCAAACAAACCGCAAAUACCGAUAAUCAGCUGUGUAGGGAUGGAAUGGAAGGUUUGAUUGAAAUGUAUAGCUCUUGGUGCGCCUACCUCAAAAGAACCGCGAGCACAACUGUUGAAGAGGCAACUGUUGCAGACGAGCUCCAUGCCGCUAUUGAGGACGUGAAUGCGACAGGCAGGAAGCUUUACGGCAAAGAAUUCGAAGGUGAUCCUAAAUACAGACUGGAGAGGAUUUACAUUGAGUAUUUGACCGAAGACAGGGGCGCGACUGACGAGGCUAGAGCUUUGUGGAAGACACUCGUAAAAAGCCGUUAUCACGCCGACAACUUCGAUUUCUGGCUCAGCUAUUACACUUGGGAGAUGUUGGUAUUCUUGUUGCUCCGUGAUAAGGAUGGCAGGUCUGACACCCCGACUCAAGCAACGGCUGUCUUGCAUUCUGCUGCAAAACGCAAAUCCGUCGAUUGGCCGGAAAGAGUCCUUGAAUUAUACCUGCAACAUUGCAAUACUUACGAGACUCCUGAAGUGGCGCGCCAGGCAAAUGAUUUUGUCUGCCAAACGCAGAAGCUUGUCACGCAUCGACGGGAAAAGGAGCAGGCUGCACAGGCUGCACAGUACGCCGCAUACUAUGAAGCCCAAGCACAGGCUCAAGGAGAGACCCGAGCAGAGAAUCAGGCAGAGACCCAGGCCGAGACCCAGGCCGAGGUCCAGCAGCAGUCGCUGGAGCGGCCUGAUGUUGAUUUGACUCCGCCUCCCGGCGGCGGACCGAAAAGAAAGCGUGAUGCUCUCGCAGAUGCGCAAGCAGAGGGAAGAGAGGAUUUCAGCAAGCGGCAGAGAAACGGGCAUGACACCACCGUUGACACCUCGGCCCCGGGUCAGCCGCCUCAGCGAGAUAGAGAACACUCCACCGUCAUCGUUACAAAUCUACCCCUUGGAGCAACACAAACCGAAGUUCGUAAAUACUUCAAACCGUAUGGGCAUAUCAACAACAUAACCGCAUUUGUCAGGGAAGAGCAGAAGCAGAGCACGACGGCAUUGAUCGAGUUUAGCUCUGCCGAGGAAGCCCAGUCUGCUCUACUGAGACAUGCCAAGUACUUUGGCGAGUCCCAAAUCAGCGUCCAACCCGGCCAUGACCUGACAGUAUACGUUGCCAACUACCCCCCCGCCGCGGAUGAAAAGUUCAUUACAGACCUGUUUAAAGACUGCGGCGAAAUCCUGAGCAUCCGCUGGCCAAGCUUAAAAGUCAACACCCAUCGCCGCUUCUGCUACAUUUCGUUUCGCGAUCGAGACGCGUCCGCCAAAGCCGUCGCCAAGGAAGGUACUCUUGUCGAAGGAAAGUAUCGUCUGCUCGCCAAGUAUUCGGACCCUAGCCGCAAGAAGCGUCGCGAAGGUGCCAUUGCGGAAGGGCGGGAAGUCCAUGUCAGCAAUUUGGACCAGUCGACGACCGAAGACCAGCUCCGCGAGGUGUUUGGCAAGUUUGGUACGGUGACGAGAGUCAACAUUCCCCAGAGCAUGGCGGGGCACAACCGUGGCUUUGCGUUCCUGGACUUUGAAACCAAGGAACAGGCUGCCAGAGCGGCGCAAGAGUUGAAUAAUACCAAAUUCCGGUCCCGGAUUCUCAAGGUUGACGUCUCGAAAGAAAACAAGGUCAAGCCUGCAGCCAAGUCCACCGAUUUCCAACGUUCAUCCGCAUCGCCUGCCUUUUCUCCAUCGGCGCAAGACGACGAAGGCGACGAAGCCAUGGGCGACACCAGUUCGGAUCGCCACCACGACAAGCCGUCUUCCUCGGAAAUAGCAGCCAGAACCAUCGCCCUCAUGGGUCUCCCCGACACGGUCAACGACGCUCGCGUCAAGGCCUUGGUUGAGCCGCUCGGGCCCUUUGUCAAACUCAUCCACCAACCCGGCCACGGGGGCGCCAUCAUCGAGUUCGCAGACGCCGCAACUGCAGGAAAGGCUGCCCUUCGACUGAACAGCAUGGAGUACGAAGGCCGCCAGCUUCGCACCGGUUCUCCCGACCAGCUGCGGCACAACAGACCAGAGGCCGCGGACGACGGCGCGAACGGGCCCCGGACCCGGCAAGCCGGCAGCAAGCCAAAGGGCGCGCUAUUGCCUCCUGCACUUCGCCGUCCCGUGCUCGGUCGGGCUGCCCCGAAACGUGGUGGGCCGGGCCUCGCUCCUAGAAAAGGUGGACCUGCUUCUGCGGCAGGCGCAAGUGCGAAACGGACUGAAGACGGAGGAGGCUCUUCUGGCUCAAGCGGUCCGAAGAGUAAUGCUGAAUUCAAGGCGCUCUUUUUGGCUGGGAGGGAGUGA